AUGCGAUUCCGGGUGCUGGAGGUUGAUCUGGCUCAUGUUCUCCAGGGGCAGGCGUCUUCGGAGAACUCCCGCCGAGAAGAAAACACGCCUGCCGCGUCGCUCGUCGACGCCCUGGGGUCUUGCGGAGAGGAGGAGGCCUUGCCCGACGGGGUGCGAGUUUUCGCGGAGGCGUUGCCAGGUUUCGUGGACAACCUGGUGUUUGACGAGACCAGAGGCGGGUACGUUGCCGGCGCGGGCACCAAGGUAGCCGCCCCGUUCUCCGCCCUGCACCUGGCCCUGAAGAAACCCGCCAUUUUCAGAACAAUCAUCGGCAAGCUUGUGCCAAUGGGGGUCAUCGAGAACUUGGUUCCAAGCUACGGCCUGGUGUUCGUCCUCGGCUUGGAUGGCACGGUGAAGGAGAGCAUGCACGACGCGACGGGUCGGACGGCGUUCGUCAGCGCCGCGUACCGGAGCUCCAAGAGCGGUUACACGUUCCUCGGAUCGAGCCAAAACAAGUAUCUGGGGCGGGUCCGGUUGUGAUGUUUUGUCUCGUUCCCGCUGCCGCCGCCGCCGCCGCCGCUUCUCGGGUGUAAGCGUGAUACUUGGCCCUUCGCCUCUCUCUCUGCUCUCUAAAGCCCUUGGACUUGUCACACAGUUAUUUGCGUAGCCGCAUUCUUGAAAAGUUAUCUGGUGGAUGCAUAUGCAUUCGACGAAUGCCUUGUAGUCGUUUCUGUCCCCUC